UCAAAAUACCAUCCAUCUCUUCCUUGCAACCCUCCUUCUUCUUCUUCUUCUUCGAUCUUCAAAUAUUCUUUAUCUUUUAUUUAACUUUCUUAGAACAUGGAAUUGGAGCAACCCAUGUUGGAUUUGGAGCAACCCGUGUUGGAUUUGGAGCAACUCAUGUUGAGAGAGGCUGUUUGUGCUCAAAAAGUCAGCCAAAACCGUAGCGAACCAUGCAUUUCUCAACCUUCCGAUGACCAUUGCCAUCGCGCUGAAUCCUCCGGGACGCUAGAAAUGGGUGUCCCGUUGGACUACUCCGCGGAGGAAAAACUGUCUUGGCUGCGCUCUCAAAUCAUUGGCGGCGACGCAGAAAUCGAUUCUCCUUCCGGGAAAAGAAGACUCACCUAUGCGGAUCACACUGCCUCUGGCCGGUCUCUUCGAUAUAUAGAAAAUUUUAUCACCGACAAUGUUCUUCCCUUUUAUGGGAACACCCACACUUGUGACAGUUACGUGGGGCACCGGACCACAAAAAUGGUGCAUGAAGCAUCCAAGUACAUCAAGAAAUGCUUGGGUGGUGGAGAAGAUGAUGCCCUCUUGUUCUGCGGCUCUGGCUCCACUGCAGCUAUCAAAAGGCUUCAAGAAGUAAUGGGCAUUGCCGUGCCAUCAAUUUUGAGAGACAGGGUACUAAAAUGCCUCACUAAGGAAGAAAGGUGGGUGGUUUUUGUUGGGCCUUUUGAACACCACUCAAACCUCCUUUCAUGGCGGCAGAGCUUGGCUGAAGUUGUUGAGAUUGGUUUGGAUGACGAUGGUUUAUUAGACAUGGAGGCUCUACGGCUACAACUCGAAUCAUUCAAAAAUGAAAACAGGCCUAUUUUGGGUUCUUUUUCGGCUUGUAGCAACGUGACUGGAAUUUAUUCGGAUACACGAGCAAUUGCUAAACUUCUUCACCAACAUGGGGGCUUUGUAUGCUUUGAUUUUGCAGCAAGCGGUCCUUACGUGGAGAUUGACAUGAGGUCUGGGGAGAUCGAUGGCUAUGAUGCCAUUUUCCUUAGCCCACAUAAGUUUCUUGGUGGCCCCGGAUCGCCCGGCAUUCUUCUGAUGAGCAAUGCACUCUAUCUGCUAAAAUCUUCUCCACCAUCAACUUGUGGAGGUGGAACUGUUAAUUAUGUCAACGGCUUCAAUGAAAAGGACACACUAUACUUGGAGGACAUCGAAGAAAGGGAAAAUGGUGGCACUCCUCAAAUAAUCCAGACAGUUAGAGCAGCAUUGGCUUUCUGGGUAAAGGAAUACAUUGAUUACCAAGUGAUUGAGAAACAGGAGCAAGCCUACAUACAGAGAGCGCUUCAGAGGCUUCUCCCAAAUGAGAACAUUUGGAUUCUAGGAAAUACAAGCACCAAGCGACAAGCUAUCAUUUCUUUCCUCAUUUACAGUACUUCAAAUUCCUCCUUGGCUGACCCCAAAGAAAAUGGCAGAGAGGUAAGGGGGGCGCUUAACAUGUGGGAAGAGACUGGGAACAAGAGAGACAUGCCUCUUCAUGGACCAUUUGUUGCAUCACUCUUGAAUGACCUGUUUGGCAUCCAGGCUCGAGGUGGGUGCGCUUGUGCUGGACCCUAUGGUCAAGCCCUGCUUAAUGUCGAUGACGCCCAUUCACUUGCCUUCAGAUCUGCUAUUUUAAAGGGCUAUGUUGGAACAAAACCCGGAUGGACUAGGAUCAGCUUUCCCUACUACAUGUCGGAGGAGGAGUUUGAGUUUAUUUUAGCUGCAGUGGAAUUUGUAGCUAUUUAUGGGCAACGGUUCCUUCCUUUGUACCGCUUCAAUUGGAGAACAGGAAGCUGGGGUUUUAAGAAGAAGGCACUGAAGGAGCUACUCGGGAAGGAAAACAAUUGCAACGUUCGAAUUCACGUCUUACCGUUGGCCAAUUCCAUGCAUGCAGUAAACUUAGAAGAUGACAAUUCUAAAGCUUCCGGCGAUGGAGGGGCUGAACAAAUAAAGAAGAUAAGUAAAUACAGAGCUUAUUUAGAAGCGGCAAAGUACAUUGCUAGUCUGCUUCCCAAGUUCCCUUCUCGGGGUAGGCUUCCGGAGGACAUUGAUACCAACCUUCUCCUAUUCAGAGUCUAGACUGUAGACAGUCUACUUCCUAUUGUUGUUUCUUACUACUUUCGUAUAUGAAAACCGUGUUUUAAAAUAAUUUAUAGAGUUAUAUACGUUUUUGCCCA